AUGCCCGGCGCUCAGCAUAUCAUCGACUCGAUAUUCGAGCCGUUCGACCAGCAGAGUCUCGUAGACUCUUUUGUCGGCGAGGAACAGGCCGACGACGACUUUCGCGAAGAGACAAAGUUGAUGGCGCUCGAGCUCAUCUGCGCUUUCCAUGCGUGGGCGACUGCGCGGGGAGAGCUCGAGGCUCGCUCAGCCACAGAGUCCCUCGAUAAAGAGCUGGACGCCAUCGCUGCCGUCGAGCAGGAGCAGGAGCAAACACGGCUGCGCCUGCAGCAGUUCGUCGCGAGCAUCCGCGACGCGCUUCUUCUCAUCUCCGGAAGCUUCGUCUGA